AUGUUGAUUGGCCUGGUGUUGAAGUCAGACCCAUCAAUGACUUGUAUUCCUCAGAAAAAAAUGAACGAUCACAGUUUGUUGCAGAAAGUUACUCUGUCAGGUGUAGAAACGAAGUGCAAUCCAUAUCAUAUGCGUGGAACUUCUUUUUUAUUGGCUGCUGCAAAAUACAAAUUUAAACCCAUCUUCUCCGUGGAAGGAGCAUGGGGAACAAUGGCCACCACAAUGUCCAAGAAACAAGCAAAUACAAAUGCUGGGGAAGAGGGACAGAUAGCUAAAGACAAGGCUGAUCCAAUUGUUGCUUUCAGCAGACCCCCACCAGUCCCACCUGUACUUGGACCAUUGGUUGCUCUCACAUUGUUGGAAACAUGGUCGAGUCGGGAUAGCAGUGAUGACUGA